GCAGCGCCCAGCCGCCGUCCGGCCCUGCUCGGCCUCCGCGAGCCCAGAGAGCCGCGCGCUGCGCUCCGCCGCGGGGCAGGGCUGGCACCAGAGAGGGCUCGGCGGGCCCCGGGCCGAGGCGGAGGAGAAGGCGGCGGCGGCGGCCGCGGAGGCGCUCGGGUCGCCGCCGCCCAGCCGGGGGUCCUGGCCGCGGGGCGCGGCACGUGCGACGACCCGCCCUGCGCGCCAUGUCCCCCUAACGCCGCGGCGGCAGAGCGACCCCCGGCCGGCCCCGUGGGCCCCCCGGGCAUGGAGCGGCACGUGCUCGGCGCCGCGCUCUACUGGCUGCUGCUGCCCUUCGCGCUCCUAGCCGCUUGCCUGGCCCGCUUCAACGCCCUCUCUCUGGUCUACCUGCUGUUCCUGCUGCUGCUGCCCUGGCUCCCGGGCCCCUGUCGACACGGCAUCCCAGGCCACACUGGCCGCCUCCUCCAGGCCCUGCUGGUUUUCAGCCUCCUCUUCCUGGCGGCCCACCUGACCUUCCAGAUAUGCCUCCACACCGUGCCCCGCCUGGACCAGCUUCUGGGACCCAGCUGCGGCCCCUGGGAGAGCCUCUCCCGGCACGUGGGGGUCACGAGGCUGGACCUGAAGGACAUCCCCAAUGCUGUCCGGCUGGUGGCCCCCGACCUCGGUGUCCUGGUGGUCUCCUCCGUGUGCCUUGGCCUCUGUGGGCGCCUCGCCCGGGACACGCAGCGGAGGCAGUGCGCCCAGGAGCUGGAUGAUGAUGACAGGGAAGUGGACGGUGGCUCCCCAGUGGGGCCUCAGGGAGCCCCGGCGCCAGCCCCCACACGGAGGUCCCGGCUGGCCACCCGGUUCCAGAUCACAGCACACUGGCUGCUGGUGGCCGCGGGACGGACCCUGGCCAUCGUGCUGCUCGCAUUAGCAGGCAUCGCCCACCCCUCCGCCUUCUCCAGCAUCUACUUCCUCGUCUUCCUGGCCACCUGCACCUGGUGGGCCUGCCAUUUUCCCAUCAGCCCCCUGGGCUUCAGCGCGCUCUGUGUCACCGUGGGCUGCUUCGGUGCCGGCCACCUCGUCUGCGUCUACUGCUACCAGACGCCCUUCGCCCAGGCCAUGCUCCCCCCUGCCGGCGUCUGGGCCAGGGUGUUUGGUCUCAAGGCCUUCGUGGCCCAUGGCAACUGCUCCAAUGCGCUGGUCCUCGAUCCAAGCCACGACUGGCCCAUCUACGUGAGCCCUGGCAUCCUGCUGCUUCUCUACUACACCGUGGCCUCCCUCCUCAAGCUGCACCUGCACCAGCCCCUGGACCAGAGGAAGGAGGCGGCCAGGAGCCACAAGGAGCAGGAGGUGGAGCUGACCCAGGUGGACCAGUGGCCCCGGGGCCAGGCCAGGGCUGCAGCCACCAAGGAGGAGGGGGCUGCCCAGCACAUGCUGCCCCCGGCCACGGGCUCAGACUGCGGCACCGACAGCUGCACCGUGCACGACCUGACUGGCCACAGCCCCGUUCGCCAGUGCCCCUUGCAGCCCAGGCUGGCAGAGCCUCGAGAGACGUCUGCGCUACACAGCCUGGGUCACCUCAUCUUGGACCAGAGCUACGUGUGUGCCCUCAUCGCCAUGAUGGUGUGGAGCAUCACGUACCACAGCUGGCUGACCUUCGUGCUGCUGCUCUGGGCCUGCCUCAUCUGGACCGUGCGCAGCCGCCACCAGCUGGCCAUGCUCUGCUCGCCCUUCAUCCUGCUCUACGGGCUGGCGCUCUGUGGCCUGCGCUACGUGUGGGCCAUGGACCUGCGUCCCGAGCUGCCCACCACCCUGGGCCCCGUCAGCCUGAGGCAGCUGGGGCUGGAGCACACCCGCUACCCAUGCCUGGACCUUGGCGCCAUGCUGCUGUACGUGCUGACCUUCUGGCUCCUGCUGCGCCAGUUCGUCAAGGAGAAGCUGCUGAGGAAGGCGCACGGCCCUGCCGCGCUGACGGACGUCGCCGUGGGGGACGCAGAGCCCAGGCGGGCGGGGACGCUGCUGCGGAGCCUGGGGGAGCUGGUGAGCGGGCUGUACGCCAAGUACUGGAUCUACGUGUGCGCGGGCAUGUUCGUGGUGGUCAGCUUCGCCGGCCGCCUGGUCGUCUACAAGAUCGUGUACAUGCUGCUCUUCCUGCUCUGCCUCACCCUCUUCCAGGUCUACUACAGCCUGUGGAGGAGGCUGCUAAAGCUGUUCUGGUGGCUGGUGGUGGCCUACACCAUGCUGGUGCUCAUCGCCGUCUACACCUUCCAGUUCCAGGACUUCCCCACAUACUGGCGCAACCUGACGGGCCUCACCGACGAGCAGCUGGGGGACCUGGGCCUGGAGCAGUUCAGCGUGUCGGAGCUCUUCUCCAGCAUCCUGGUGCCCGGCUUCUUCCUGCUGGCCUGCAUCCUGCAGCUGCACUACUUCCACCGGCCCUUCAUGCGGCUCACCGACCUGGAGCGCGUGCCCCCGCCUGGCCGCUGCCUCCCACGCUGGGCCCACAGGCAGGAUCCGGUCAGUGGGACCCCGCUGCUGCUGCAGGAGGACGCUGGGGAGGAGGGGCCGGUGAGCCCGGAGGGCCCCUGCCCGGCCGUGCAGGGCCCGGAAGCCAGCAAGUGGGGCCUGGUGGCCGAGCGGCUGCUGGACCUGGCCUCCGGCUUCUCGGACGUCCUCGCCCGCGUGCAGGUGCUGCUGCGCCGCCUGCUGGAGCUGCACGUCUUCAAGCUGGUGGCUCUGUACACCGUGUGGGUGGCCCUGAAGGAGGUGUCGGUGAUGAACCUGCUGCUGGUCGUGCUCUGGGCCUUCGCCCUGCCCUACCCGCGCUUCCGGCCCAUGGCCUCCUGCCUGUGCACCGUGUGGACCUGCGUCAUCAUCGUGUGCAAGAUGCUCUACCAGCUGAAGGUCGUCAGCCCCCACGAGUACUCCAGCAACUGCUCUGAGCCCCUGCUCAACAGCACCAACCUGCAGAAGACAGAGAUCAGGCAGUCCCUGCUGUACCGGGGGCCCGUCGACCCUGCCAACUGGUUUGGGGUGCGGAAGGGCUUCCCCAACCUAGGCUACGUCCAGAACCACCUGCAGGUCCUGCUGCUGCUGGUGUUCGAGGCCAUCGUCUACCGGCGCCAGGAGCACCACCGCCGGCAGCACCAGCUGGGCCCACUGCCUGCCCAGGCCGUGUGUGCCGACGGCACCCGCCAGCGGCUGGACCAGGACCUGCUUGGCUGUUUCAAGUACUUCGUCAACUUCUUCUUCUACAAAUUUGGGCUAGAGAUCUGCUUCCUGAUGGCCGUGACCGUGAUCGGGCAGCGCAUGAACUUCAUGGUGAUCCUGCACGGCUGCUGGCUGGUGGCCCUGCUCACCCGCCGGCACCGGGCCGCCAUCGCCCGCCUCUGGCCCAACUACUGCCUCUUCCUGGCGCUGUUCCUGCUCUACCAGUACCUGCUGUGUCUGGGCAUCCCCCCGGCCCUGUGCCUCGAUUACCCAUGGCGCUGGAGCCAGGCUGUCCCCAUGAACUCGGCGCUCAUCAAGUGGCUGUACCUGCCUGACUUCCUCCGAGCCCCCGACUCCACCGGCCUCAUCAGCGACUUCCUGCUGCUGCUCUGCGCCUCUCAGCAGUGGCAGGUCUUCUGCGCCGAGCGCACAGAGGAGUGGCAGGUCAUGGCCGGCGUCAACACUGACCGCCUGGAUCUGCCGCUGGGCGAGUCCCGCGACGUCCCCAACUUCCUCUACUGCAGGUCCUACCUCGACAUGCUGAAGGUGGCUGUCUUCCGCUACCUCUUCUGGCUGGUGCUGGUGGUGGUGUUCGUCACGGGGGCCACACGCGUCAGCGUCUUCGGGCUGGGCUACCUGCUGGCCUGCUUCUACCUGCUGCUCUUCGGCACCAGCCUGCUGCAGGGGCACGCGCGCACCCGUCUCGUGCUGUGGGACUGCCUCAUUCUGUACAAUGUCACCGUCAUCAUCUCCAAGAACAUGCUCUCGCUCCUGUCGUGCGUCUUCGUGGAGCAGAUGCAGAGCAGCUUCUGCUGGGUGGUCCAGCUCUUCAGCCUCGUGUGCACCGUCAAAGGCUACUACGACCCCAAGGAGAUGCUGAGCAGGGACCGGGACUGCCUGCUGCCCGUGGAGGAGGCCGGCGUGCUCUGGGACAGCGUGUGCUUCCUGUUCCUGCUGCUGCAACGCCGCGUCUUCCUCAGCCGCUACUUCCUGCACGUCUGCGCCGAGCUUCAGGCCACUGCCCUGCAGGCCUCCAGGGGCUUUGCGCUGUACAAUGCCGCCAACCUCAAAAGCAUCGACCUCCACCGCAAGGCCGAGGAGAAGUCCCUGGCCCAGCUGAAAAGGCAGAUGGAGCGCAUCCGCGCCAAGCAAGAGAAGCACCGGCAGAGCCGGGCGGGCCGCAGCCAGCCCCAGGAGCCCCCAGACCCCACCCAGGAGCCAGGGCCUGGCAGUCCAGGGGGCUCCUCCCCACGGAGUCAGUGGUGGCGGCCCUGGCUGGACCACGCCACAGUCAUCCACUCUGGGGACUACUUCCUGUUUGAGUCGGACAGUGAGGAGGAGGAGGAGACCCUGCCUGAGGAGCCCAGGCCAUCGGCACAGAGCGCCUUCCAGAUGGCAUAUCAGGCGUGGGUGACCAACGCGCAGACGGUGCUGAGGCGCCGGCGGGAGGAGCAGGCGAGGCGGGACGGGCCAGGACAGCCGCCCACAGGAGACGGCCAGGCCCAGGGGGCGGAGCCGGCGGCCGGCCCAGAAGAGGCCACAGCAGCUGGCCGCGGCCCUGUGAUGCGGCGCGUGCUGAGCACCGUGCAGUUUCUGUGGGUGCUGGCGGGGGCGCUGGUGGACGGCCUCACCGACUGGCUGCUGACCUUCACGCGGCACCACCGUGCCAUGAGCGACGUGCUACGCGCCGAGCGGUACCUGUACACACGGGAGCUGCUUCGGGGCAGACAGGUGCGCCGCAGCUUGGUGGACCAACUGUACCUCAGCGAGGCCGAGGCUACACCUCCAGGCUCUUUGGGAGCCCAAGAUGCACCAAGUACGGCAUCAAGCGGGCUGGGGGCUGAGGAGCCGCUGAGCACGGCUACGGGGGACACGGGCAGCCCGCUGAGCACGGGGUACCACACGCGCAGCAGCAGCAGUGAGGAGGUGGCCACGGAGCCCGGGCCUUCCCUGCGUGGCUCCCGGGAGCUCCCUGCAGGCGCCGGGACCCGGACGCGCACAGCCAGCGAGCUGCUGCACAGGCAGCUACGCAUCGAGGAGCUAGAGGAGGCCGCGCAGUUUGAGGCCGGGCAGGGCCGGGCCCUCCGCCUGCUGCGGGCCGCGUACCAGUGCGUGGCGGCCCACUCGGAGCUGCUGUGCUACUUCGUCAUCAUCCUCAACCACAUGGUCACCGCCUCGGCCACGUCCCUGGUGCUGCCCGUGCUCGUCUUCCUGUGGGCCAUGCUGUCCAUCCCAAGGCCCAGCAAGCGCUUCUGGAUGGUGGCCAUCGUCUUCACCGAGGUGUCCGUGGUCACCAAGUACCUGUUCCAGUUCGGCUUCUUCCCCUGGAACACGCACGCCGUGCUGCGGCGCUACGAGAACAAGCCGUACUUCCCGCCGCGCAUCCUGGGCUUGGAGAAGACGGAGAGCUACGUCAAGUUCGACCUGCUGCAGCUCAUGGCCCUGUUCUUCCACCGCGCGCAGCUGCUGUGCUACGGCCUCUGGGACCAUGAAGAGGACCAGCUCACCCAGGAGCACGACGGGGGCGGUGGGAAGAAGGGAGCCGAGGAGCGGGCACCCCAGGGAUCCCGGACUGAGGCGGGCACGGGGCCCCAGGGGGAGUCGGUGGUAGCCGGGGCCCUCACCCAGGACCACAUCCAGGUGGAAGUAGGGGACGGGCCCGCCGAGCCUCCCACGGAGCUCAAGCCCCGAGACACAAAGCGCAUCGGCCUGCGAUUCAGGAAGAAAAGGAGGGAAAGCGCGGAGCCUGCAGACCCCACCGUGGCUGAAGGAGUGAUGGCCUCUGGGAGCGAGAAGAAGUGGAGUCGCCACCGGGAGAGAGUGACGGCACUGGGGCUGCGACUGCGGAGCUCGUGCCUAGCCGUGGCCCAGAGCGUGUACCAGCCCCUGCGGUGCUUCUUCCACGAUAUCCUGCACACCAAGUACCGUGCGGCCACCGAUGUCUACGCACUCAUGUUUCUGGCCGACGUGGUCGACUUCAUCAUCAUCAUCUUUGGCUUCUGGGCCUUUGGGAAACACUCGGCGGCCACGGACAUCACGUCCUCGCUAUCGGACGACCAGGUGCCCGAGGCCUUCCUGGUCAUGCUGCUCAUCCAGUUUGGCACCAUGGUCGUCGACCGCGCCCUCUACCUCCGCAAGACCGUGCUGGGCAAGCUGGCCUUCCAGGUCGUGCUGGUGCUGGCCGUCCACCUGUGGAUGUUCUUCAUUCUGCCCGCGGUCACAGAGAGGAUGUUCAGCCAGAACGCGGUGGCGCAGCUGUGGUACUUUGUCAAGUGCAUCUACUUCGCCCUUUCCGCCUACCAGAUCCGCUGCGGCUACCCGACCCGCAUCCUGGGCAACUUCCUCACCAAGAAGUACAACCACCUGAACCUCUUCCUCUUCCAGGGGUUCCGCCUUGUGCCGUUCCUGGUGGAGCUGCGGGCCGUGAUGGACUGGGUGUGGACGGACACCACGCUAUCCCUGUCCAGCUGGAUGUGCGUGGAGGACAUCUACGCCAACAUCUUCAUCAUCAAGUGCAGCCGCGAGACAGAGAAGAAGUACCCGCAGCCCAAGGGGCAGAAGAAGAAGAAGGUCGUCAAGUACGGCAUGGGCGGCCUCAUCAUGCUCUUCCUCGUGGCCAUCAUCUGGUUCCCGCUGCUCUUCAUGUCCCUGGUGCGCUCUGUGGUCGGUGUCGUCAACCAGCCCAUCGACGUCACGGUCACCCUCAAGCUGGGCGGCUAUGAGCCGCUGUUCACCAUGAGCGCCCAGCAGCCGUCCAUCGUGCCCUUCACGCAGCGGGCCUACGAGGAGCUGUCCAGACAGUUUGACCCGAACCCGCUGGCCAUGCAGUUCAUCAGCCAGUACAGCCCCGAGGACAUCGUCACGGCGCAGAUCGAGGGCAGCUCCGGGGCCCUGUGGCGCAUCAGCCCGCCGAGCCGCGCCCAGAUGAAGCGGGAGCUGUACAACGGCACGGCCGACAUCACCCUGCGCUUCACCUGGAACUUCCAGAGGGACCUGGCCAAGGGCGGCACCGUGGAGUACACCAACGAGAAGCACACCCUGGACCUGGCCCCCAACAGCAGCGAGCGGCGGCAGCUGGCCAGCCUGCUGGAGGGCACCUCGGACCAGUCUGUGGUCAUCCACAACCUCUUCCCCAAGUACAUCCGGGCCCCCAACGGGCCUGAAGCCAAUCCUGUGAAGCAGCUCCAGCCCAACGAGGAGGCCGACUACCUGGGUGUGCGCAUCCAGCUACGGAGGGAGCGUGGGGGCGCGGGGGCCGCCGGCUUCCUGGAGUGGUGGGUCAUCGAGCUGGAGGACUGCCGGGCCCAGUGCAACCUGCUGCCCAUGGUCAUCUUCAACGACAAGGUCAGCCCGCCCAGCCUGGGCUUCCUGGCCGGCUACGGGAUAAUGGGGCUCUACGUGUCCAUCGUGCUGGUCAUCGGCAAGUUCGUGCGCGGCUUCUUCAGCGAGAUCUCUCACUCCAUCAUGUUCGAGGAGCUGCCGUGCGUGGACCGCAUCCUGAAGCUGUGCCAGGACAUCUUCCUGGUGCGCGAGACGCGGGAGCUGGAGCUGGAGGAGGAGCUGUACGCCAAGCUCAUCUUCCUGUACCGCUCGCCCGAGACCAUGAUCAAGUGGACCCGCGAGAAGGAGUAGGAGCCGGGCUCCUCCACCCUCGUGUGAUGGAGCCGCCCGGCCCUCUGCCGGGCGCAGACACCCGUCCCCGGCCACCACGCCCUGAUGCUGCUGCCGGAAGGAAGCUGGGGGCCCGGCCUGGCGCGGGGCCCACCGCCGGCACCCUGGGCCAGGAGCUCCAGCCUGCCCUUCCCCACGCGUACUGUAGGGUUUUCUAAUUAAAGAAGUUUUUAUUUAUAC